AUGCCCCCGUGCGUGGUCACGUGUGUCCCCCGCGCACACACGUGUGCCCCAGGCGUGGUGAAGCCCGACAAGUACAAGCCAGUGCCAGAUGAGCCCCCGAAUCCCACCAACGUGGAGGAGACGCUGCGGCAGAUCCAGGCCAACGACGGGGCUCUGGAGGACGUCAACCUCAACAACAUCAAGGACAUUCCCAUCUCCACGCUGAAGGCCAUCUGCGAGGCCAUGAAAACCAACACGCACGUCAAGAAGCUCAGCCUGGUAGCCACUCGCAGCAACGACCCCGUGGCCAGCGCCGUAGCCGAGAUGCUGAUGGAGAACAAGACCCUGCAGAGCCUCAACAUCGAAUCCAACUUCAUCACCAGCGUCGGCAUGAUGAGCGUCAUCAAGGCCAUGUACCACAACACCACCCUGAGCGAGCUCAGGGUGGACAACCAGUGCCAGCGGCUGGGUGACACGGUGGAGAUGGAGAUGGCCAGCCCCCGCGCCCGCGCCGCCAUCGCCAUCACCAAAAACAACGAGCUCCGUCGCAAGCAGAAGAAAACCUAA